AGACUUUCUAUUUGUUACAGUAUUUGCAGUAUAUUUAGUUUUGGUUUCCGUUGUAAUAUUUAAAUAUAAUCCCUACCUAGUGUGAUUAACAAUUAUAUUUACGAUUUUUAAGAGUAUUAUUUAAUUUUGUUUAAGCUCAGCAUGUUUUUGAGGGACUUUUAUUCAAACCCGCGGUAAUUUCUGUGCGUGUUGAUUGAAGCACGUUGGUUAAUAGCCAGAUCGGUGUGCAAUAUGGCUGAAAGAAAUAAUAACGAGUUUGAAGGGAAGCAGAAAAACAUACAGAUAUUGUAUGAAAAAUUUGUCAUUUUAAAUAGGGAUUUACUGAACUUCGGUGUCAGUAUUGAAGAGUUAAAAGAAAUAUGCUUCAAACGCAGAAAAACAGUUCACACUGUCCAAGGCUCCCAGAAAAACGCACAACAUUCAAGUUUCAUUGUAGCAGUCACAGUUGUUUGUGCUGUUUUAAUCAGUAUUUUACUGAAAAUAAUAUUUGAUUCUAUAAUAAAGAACACUCUCGGUACUCGAUGUCUGUUACCGAACAACUACUUUAUUUGGGAAGCAACAAGACCUGAGACGAAUUGCAGUAUGUGUGAGGAUGUCAAUAGUGUCCUGGUGUUUGGAAACGUUACUCGGGAUGAAUUUAGUAAUUAUGCAUAUUCCUCACGACCGAUGUUAGUGAAGGGUGCAGCAUUGCAUUGGCCAGCAAUGAAAACAUUUACAUAUCACUUUUUAAAAGAAAUUUAUCAGAAUGUUGAAGGUGCAUAUGAAAGUAUUGAAGAAGAGUGUCAAAUUUUAACAUUCAAAACGGAGUUCAGAUCAUUGGAAGAUGUAUUUGCUAUGCCAGAAUCAAGGGUUCUGCUGGAAGAAGGUGAAAAGCCAUGGUAUGUUGGGUGGAGUAAUUGUCAUCCAGAUGUACUGGCUAUAAUGAGAGAGCAUUAUACUAUACCACAUUUUUUGCCAGAAGAUGCAGAACAUGCCCAUAUGGAUUACAUCUUUAUUGGUUACCAGCAAGGGGCAGUGAUGCAUAUUGAUUAUAUAAGUCGGCUUAUGUGGCAAGCACAGCUAAGAGGCCAUAAGACAUGGAAACUUGUACCUCCACCAGAUUGUGACCACAUUUGUUCAGGAAUCAGUUUCAGAGUUGAUCCAGGUGACAUUGUUCUGGUAGACACUCGGCAGUGGUACCAUGACACUCACAUAGAUGCCGGCGAGAUGAGCCUGACUGUUAGCUCAGAGUAUGGCUAAACUUUAUUCAGCAUCAGAUUUUGCUCAUUAUUCAUCCCAAAGAAUUUUCACAGGCACUCUUUGAAACUUUCUCCUGCUUAAAAAUAAGUUUUCUUAUCUGUUUAAAAGUAAUUUUUGUACCAACUGUUUCAAGAAUUUGUACAGAUUUCUAUGAUACAUUCUUUAAACUCCAGUCUGUAGACAUGUCUCUAUUCUUUCAUUUAUCUGAAACAUUAUUUGAGAGUUUUAUAAGAAAAUAUGUUAUUUUGUAUGAAAUAUGUUUUAAUUUUACCCUCGCUUGAAAAAUGUACUGAAGAUUGUUCACAUGUAUUUUAGGAUUGGUCAAGGUAUGAAGUUUUCAUACACAAAUGACAGUCUAAAUUUAUAUUCAUGUAUAGUCUGCUGUGUUAAGCACAAUCCAAAAUCCAUUCCUAGUCACUGAAGUUACUUUUAAAGUAUAGAAAUAUAUUGAUGAGCACAAAGUGAAAGUGUUCAAUAUUUAGUCAUGAAAUGCACAAAUGAAAAAUGUUGUCAGCAUGGUCAACUCUGAAUUUUAUGCAAGUGGAUUAUUCAGCCUUGUAAUAAAUUAUCACAAUUUUUCUGACACUUUGGG